AUGUCUCUCAACAAGCCCGUUCUAAGUACGGUGCUAGUGAAUGUGGCAACUCCAGACAAACACGUUGAUUCUGAGCACCAAGGAAGAUCUGGCGCUCCAUCGCCCGAGUCACAAACAGCCCAUGAGCCUGGCGCACCACAAGCCAACAAUCCCAAGGCGCGAUCAGUGUAUCAUUCGCUGAGACGCAUCAUAGUCUCAUCAUACAAGUUCGUUUCGCAGCCACUGCGCAAUUUCUCGAAAUCGCAGUUUUGGCCCAAAAGGCGCAAAUAA